AGAGAGAGAGAGAGAGAGACAGAGAGAGAGAGAGACAGCGGUUACUCUGUCCUACCUGCCUCAUGGGUUUGGCUGUCCACAACCCCAGACUCCUUCUUUUCUGCUCUCCUCCUACUCCAUUUGCUGAACCAGCUCUCUGGAGCUCAUGAGCAGCCAGCGUUUUCUGCCUGGGGAGACCCUACGCUGAUUCUUUUCUUCCUCCUCCUUGAUCUUGGGUUGUUUGUUUUCACACCGGCAUACUAGGUUUUUUUGUCAAACCUGGGUAACAUUGCCUCUGCUCUGGAAGCCGACAUUUGUACAGAGUUUGACCUGCUUUGUUUCAUUGCCGCUGGUCUGCAUCUACGGCUAACACCCAGCAUUAACCUCAUGCCGAGGUGGGGAUAGAUCAAACGGCGGGUGGCUUCACCUGGGAAUUUGGCUCGGUCCGGACUCUCCUGGAAACUGGGAAGCUCUCUUUCAGCUGACUGCGGGGGAAAACUACGGAUCCAAAACUCCAAGUUUCGAUAGGCUGUACUGAGAAGAGAGUGUCUGAGAAAUCCGAACUUCACUGCAGUUCCCCAGAAUACUCGUGGAAAAUUUUCAGGAAGAACCCUGCAGAUGAUAGGAUGCUGCAGCUAACCAGAGUGGGAUUGACCCCCACCUGAACGCCGUCCCAUCCUCACACCCUCACCUUCCCACAAUGCCCUGCCCUUGCCGUGCAAAGCUGAAGCUCUUGGUUGCAUCUGUGACUUUUGUUUUGCUUUUGACUUGGCUGUACCUUAUUGUUGGGAACUUGGAGAAUGGGCGAUCCCUGCUGCUUUCCCCCUGCCUAGUCGAUCAAUCUGAGCCACGCUAUUUGGAUCGGUAUGUGCUGGAGUCACGGGUGCGAGAGAUGGAGGAGGAAAAUCUGCAGUUGCGGCAGCAGCUCAGCCAAUCGCCAGGAGCGGCGGCGCCAGCCCAGGAGGGGAACUACGGCAACCAGCAGUGGGCGGCAUCAGCGGAUACCGGGCCUGAGGACGGAGAAAACACAGCAGAGGAGGGGUCCAACCAUACCGAGUGCGUUCGGCAGCCAGUGGUGGAGAGAUGUGAGCUCAUUCACGUGGCAUGUGUAUGUGCUGGUCACAAUGCCAGUCGAGAUGUGGUCACUCUGGUCAAGUCCAUUCUGUUCCACAGGAGAAACCCCCUCCACUUCCACUUCAUCACAGAUGCUGUGGCCAAUCAGAUCCUCAGCUCCCUUUUCCAGUCUUGGAUGGUACCAUCAGUGCAGGUCAGCUUCUACGACGCGGACGAGUUGAAGUCAGAGGUAGCCUGGAUCCCCAAUAAGCACUACUCUGGGAUAUAUGGCUUAAUGAAGCUGACUCUGACCAAAGCACUCCCCUCCGACCUCACCAAGGUCAUCGUCCUGGAUACAGACAUCACCUUCGCCACAGAUAUUGCUGAACUGUGGGCAAUUUUCAGGAAGUUCACAGAAAAGCAGGUUAUUGGGCUGGUGGAGAACCAGAGUGACUGGUACUUGGGGAACCUCUGGAAGAACCACAAACCUUGGCCAGCAUUAGGAAGAGGAUUCAACACAGGCGUUAUCCUUCUCCUCCUGGAGAGAUUGCGUAGGAUUGGCUGGGAACAGAUGUGGAGGUUGACUGCGGAGAGGGAGCUCAUGAGUAUGCUCUCCACCUCAUUGGCCGACCAGGAUAUUUUUAAUGCAUUCAUCAAACAGAACCCUGUCCUGGUUCAUCAACUUCCCUGCUUCUGGAAUGUUCAGCUGUCUGACCACACCCGCUCAGAGCAGUGCUACACGGAGGUGUCAGAUCUCAAGGUCAUCCACUGGAAUUCCCCUAAGAAGCUUCGGGUGAAGAACAAGCACGUGGAGUUUUUCCGGAACCUCUACUUGACCUUCCUGGAGUAUGAUGGCAACCUGCUUCGCAGAGAGCUCUUUGGCUGUCCCAGCCAGCCCAGCUCUGAGAGCGUCCGGCUACAGGGUGCCCUUGAAGAGCUGGAUGAGGAUGACCAGUGCUAUGAUUUCCGCCGCGAGCGGAUUACCGUACACCGGAUGCACCUCUAUUUCCUGCAGUAUGAGUACACGCCCACGGAGGAUGACAACGAUGUCACCCUGGUUGCUCAGCUCUCAAUGGACAGACUGCAGAUGUUGGAGGCAAUCUGCAACCACUGGGAAGGCCCCAUCAGCCUAGCUCUCUACAUGUCGGAUGCUGAGGCCCAGCAGUUCUUGCGGUACGCCCAGGCCUCAGAGGUCCUCAAGAACCGCAAGAACGUGGGCUACCACAUUGUCUACAAGGAGGGGCAGUUCUACCCCGUCAACCUGUUGCGAAACGUAGCCCUCCGCAACGCUAAGACACCUUACGUGUUCCUGACUGAUGUAGACUUUCUACCCAUGUACGGCCUCUACGAUUACCUCAGAAAAACCAUGAUCCAGCUGGACAUGGCUCACACUAGGAAGGCUCUGGUGGUGCCGGCCUUUGAGACCCUGCGUUAUCGCCUCUCCUUCCCCAAAUCCAAAGCUGAACUACUCUCCAUGCUGGACAUGGGGACCCUCUACACCUUCAGGUACCAUGUCUGGACCAAAGGACAUGCGCCGACCAACUACGCCAAGUGGAGGACGGCCACCACGCCAUACAAGGUGGAGUGGGAGUCUGACUUUGAGCCCUAUGUGGUGGUGAGAAGGGACUGUCCUGAAUAUGACCAGAGGUUUGUGGGUUUUGGCUGGAACAAAGUGUCCCACAUCAUGGAGCUCGAUGCACAGGAGUAUGACCUGAUGGUCCUGCCCAAUGCCUUUAUGGUGCACAUGCCCCACGCACCCAGCUUCGACAUCUCCAAGUUCCGAUCCAGCUCCAGUUACAGAUACUGUCUGACCACGCUGAAAGAGGAGUUCCACCAGGACCUGUCUCGAAAGUACGGCGCCGCGGCCCUCAAAUACCUCACUGCGGAGAGGAACAUGUGAACCAGGGCGUGGCCAGUUUCCGUGCCAUCUCGCGGGGAGAAAACAGUGUUUCUGAGCUGCUGUUCGAUGGCAGGUUUGAGGAUGGAGCUUUACUGCCCUGAAGAACUAUUGGAUGUGUACUCACUGAAUUCUCCCCCUUUCUCUUUGCUGUUUCCCAUAUCACAAGCCACUCGCUGGAAUAAACCAACAUCAAGUAAUGUGAGGAAGAUUGCUGAGAUUUGUGACCAAACUGUCCACAUAUUAGAUUUUAUUUAACAACAAAAAUUGUUGGAUUUAUUUUAUUUUUUUGCUGUUGCAAUUUUGCUUUAAUGACUGAGGAUUGAUCUCUUUUUUGACAAUCGUGAGCUUUUUUCCAUCAUAAAAAAGUGAAUUCACCCAUUUUGAUGACUACUACAACAGUCGCUGGCUUGAAAUAUGCAGGUAAACAGCCCUUUCUCACACCCCUGUGUGAAAAUUCUGGAGGACAGUUGAAUGCGUUAAACUAAUUCGCAGACUUUUCAGUGGAACAGUCAGUGGAACUGGAUAAAAUGUAGGCUGAUUUUCUUGAUAUUUAAAAUAUUUAAAACAUUUUCUUUUAUGAUGUAAAUGAUUAAUGAAAAGAAAAAAACAUUUUUGAUUAUGCUGUUGCAUACAAAUUGCAUUAUUUUUUAUUUUUAUUAUAUUUUUGCCCCUCAGAGGAAUUAAAUUUUAUUGGUCAUAUUUAAUAGAGUGAGUGUUUGUGAGGAAUGAUGAAUGCUUUUUGGCACAUUCUACCUUUCGGUCUGAAUUAGCAUGUGGAGCAACUUGGACCCAUCAUUCCACUGGUGCAGUCACCAAGGGCAAUUUCAUCUCUGUUUUACUGAAAAAUCAGACUCCCUGAUUUUCAUGAAAUAUAUUCUGUUUGUCUCUCUUCUUCAGUAUACAUGCAUUAUGGCCUAAAAAGAUACUCUGUGCCAAGUUACAAUAUGAUGUUCUGUAUGUGCCAUCAGUGUGAUCUCCACUUGCCCCUUAUCAUUCUCAGUGUUGGCCACAGCACUGCCUUGGAACAACUUAGCCACCUACCAUCUAGAGGAGAUUAAACAGAGGUGCAGGAAGGAAAUAAAAGAGAGUAUCCAUAGUAACUUUACUUUUAUGAGGUCAGAUUAAUGGAAUGAAAAACAUUACCCUUCUGCCCUGUUUAAUCGUAAUGACCUCGGUAAAAUUAUGACAUACCAUUCACUUUAGCACCUCCUUAGUCUUCUUCCCCACCGAAACCCUCUCCUCCCACCCUGCCUGUGCGGUAAAUGCUAGUGCCUUUGCUGUAUUGUGAAACUGGGUAAUGAUUGUACCACUAUACAUUACUGACAGAGCCUGUGAUAUGACAGACUCUCUAUUUAUUAUUGUCAACUUAAAUCAAUCAUAUUUUUAUAUAUUGGGGAAAAAAUGCUUUAAAUAAAUAUGCCCAUUUUGUAAAAA